UCGCCGGACUUGUCACCUCCACCAAACUUGAUAAUCUCAACCGCAGACAACUCUUUGAUUCUUCAUUCAAUUUGCCGCUAGACCUACGGGUUCCCCUCCUUGGAUCCCACUCACUGCUGACCCUAACGACCGUCUCGUUGGAUAAAGAUUUCACCGCUCUCAAACGCCUCACCCACAUUCUCAACACCCCGACAGCACAAACCCCAUCUCAGCGCUAAAUUAAUUCACCAUGCCACCCAAGGCGAAGGGCAAUGAGCCACCGAAGAAAAAGGCCACCGUCGAUGACAAGACAUUUGGCAUGAAGAAUAAAAAGGGUGGUAGUGCGAAAAGACAAAUUGCACAACUCCAGGCUCAAGCCAAAUCCAACAAAAGCCCCGAAGAAAAACGCAAAGAAGCCGAAAAGGCCCAACGAGAGAAAGAGAAGGCUGCCGCCGAGCAGGCGAAGUUGGAGGCUGCCGAAUUAUUCAAGCCAGUUCAAACUCAGAAAGUGCCCUUUGGUGUAGACCCCAAGACGGUUCUGUGUCAAUUCUUCAAACAGGGACAUUGCGACAAGGGCCGCAAGUGCAAAUUCAGUCAUGAUCUCGACAUUGUCAAGAAGACGGCCAAGAGAGACUUGUAUCAAGACACUCGAGAAGCAGAACGUGAGGAAAAAGAAAAGGACAACAUGGACGAGUGGGACGAAGAGAAAUUGCGCAAGGUGGUGCUCAGUAAACAUGGCAAUCCUCGCACGACCACCGACAAAGUCUGCAAACACUUCAUCGCUGCAGUCGAAGAUGGGAAAUACGGAUGGUUCUGGACUUGCCCGAAUGGAGGAGACAAGUGCAUGUACCGUCAUUCGCUGCCUCCUGGGUUUGUCCUCAAAACCAAAGAGCAGAGGCGUGCGGAAAAGGCCUUGAUGGACAAGUCACCUUUGAACACACUGACACUCGAAGACUUUUUAGAAUCUGAACGCCAUAAGCUCAGCGGAACAUUGACUCCUGUGACCCCGGAAUCCUUUGCCAAGUGGAAGAAAGAACGUCUGGACAAGAAAGCAGCCGAGGCGCAAGCCAUCAAAGCCAAGGAAGCUACAGGACGAGCCAUGUUUGAAAGUGGCGAUUGGAAGGAUUCCGAGGACGAGAGUAGUGACGAUGACGAUGAUGAUGACGACCAAGGCGCAUGGAACCUGGAGAAGAUGCGUCAAGAGACCGAACGUCUCAGAGCAAAGAAGGAAGAAGAGCGAUUAGCCAAGUUGGACGGCCAAGUUCCCCCAGAUCCGAACGAGGACAACGAGAACGGAGACUCGGGAUUGCAACAGGAGGCGAAUGACGACGACGAUGACAAUGGCGGAGAAGGCAGCAGCGGAGGACGUUCUUGACACACUAUGAAUCAGCGUGAAUACACCUUAGCCCAACACGCGGGAUCCCCGUGUCCGAAAUCACAAUCCUCUCGAGCAACACACAUGCCUGUCGAGAAAGACAGUUCUCGGGGGAGUUUGAGGAUUUGUCCAGGGACAUAUGGGCACGACCGUAAAGCCGUGCAUGUGUCUUGCGACGAUGAUUGAUGAGAACAGAUGCUAUGAUGCUCUGACACAUGGUCAUGAUGAUGGCGUUGCCUCUAACGAGGUUUAGAUAGCGAUGUCUUACCUCUAUUGGGAGGUUGGUCGACUCCUACAUACCCUCUUUCAGGAUGACAACGUACUGUAACUUGAAUUCCAAUUGGGUCAAAAGAGGCGUAGAUGACAUGUUGAAGGGAUGGUCUCUACUACCCAAUGGCAAGGCAGUCUAGAAGUGUGACUUGAUCAAG